AUGGCCGAGAUUAUCGACGUGGAAGAGCUCAUUCGCACUCCGCCUUUCGAGCUAAGUGAAUGCGAUAAGCUGGUAUUGCGAACGCCGGAGGAAAUUUUCGUUCCACAUACCUGGAAUGAUAUCAAGACCAUAAUUGCCGGCGGUGAUAUGUCACUCCUGAGACGAUUCCCAACCCACCUCGCCAACUAUAUUGUUUGGACUAGAGAGACACGCCUGAAGGUCGGCAGUGUACUCAACUUCAUUAUCGAAGCUCGGUUACACUGGAAAAUGGAGAGACCACAAUCGAACCCUGUUUUCUUAUUCUCCAGCUCUACCCCAUUCCAUGAUGCCACCGAUUAUCGAAUUCUUCGUAAUGAUUGGCCAUAUGCAACAAUGCCCGGGAUGGUGCAUCUGGUUGUCUGGAGCAAGACCCCCGUUGAAACUGACGAGCAAGGAUAUCCAACCUCCCAGUCCCGUGAGCUCAUAAAGAACUUUUUGGUCAGGGUAUUCGGACCCCAUAUGGACAAAAGGCAGAAUGCAGGGGACAAUAUUCAAUGGUUCAGGAAUCCGUUUCAUUGCCAGAGUGUACAGAAUAUUGAGCACAUCCAUGUUAUUUUACGCGAUGCUGAUCAGACAUUUGUGACGGCAUUAACGGGACAAACCUCUGAUAAUAUCUUGGCAAAUACUUAUUCGCCGAGCAAGGAUAGUUAG